GGCCUUCCUUCUUCUUCUCCACUCCACCCCUCUGUUUUUCGUCUUCAUCUUCUUCAUUAUAAAUUAAAACAGACCUUCCUUCUCCUUCUAACUCGAUCAAAUUCAUCAAACAAUUAACAAAAUUAAUUAAAAUGUCUCUCUCGAAAACUGCAACUGCAUCUGAUGCUUCCGUUCAUUCCACUUUCGCUUCCAGAUAUGUUCGCGUCUGUCUUCCCAGGUUUAAGAUGCCAGAUAAUUCGAUACCGAAAGAAGCAGCGUAUCAAAUAAUAAACGACGAGUUGAUGUUGGAUGGAAAUCCAAGGUUGAAUUUGGCGUCAUUUGUGACGACAUGGAUGGAACCAGAGUGCGAUAAAUUGAUGAUGGAUGCCAUUAACAAAAAUUAUGUUGACAUGGAUGAGUACCCUGUUACUACUGAGCUCCAGAAUAGAUGCGUUAACAUGAUAGCCAACUUGUUUAAUGCGCCACUUGGAGAGUCGGAGGUUGCUGUUGGAGUUGGAACUGUGGGCUCCUCAGAGGCUAUCAUGCUUGCUGGUCUUGCAUUCAAAAGGAGGUGGCAAAACAGAAGGAAGGCUUUGGGCUUACCUACUGAUAAGCCCAACAUUGUUACUGGGGCCAAUGUCCAGGUUUGUUGGGAGAAAUUUGCAAGAUAUUUUGAAGUGGAGUUGAAGGAAGUUAAGUUAAGCGAUGGAUACUACGUUAUGGACCCUGAGAAGGCAGUGGAAAUGGUUGAUGAGAACACCAUCUGUGUUGCUGCUAUCCUUGGAUCCACACUCAAUGGAGAGUUUGAAGAUGUCAAGCUCUUGAACGACCUUCUCGAGGCCAAGAACAAAGAAACCGGAUGGGAUACUCCAAUUCACGUGGAUGCAGCAAGUGGUGGUUUCAUCGCGCCAUUUUUGUAUCCAGAGUUGGAAUGGGACUUUAGAUUGCCAUUGGUGAAGAGUAUCAAUGUAAGUGGUCACAAGUAUGGACUUGUGUAUGCCGGUGUUGGGUGGGUCAUCUGGAGGAGCAAAGAGGACUUGCCUGAAGAACUCAUCUUCCACAUCAACUACCUUGGUGCUGAUCAACCCACUUUCACUCUCAAUUUCUCCAAAGGAUCAAGUCAAAUUAUUGCUCAAUACUAUCAGCUGAUUCGUCUGGGAUUCGAGGGGUACAAGAACAUCAUGGAGAACUGCCAAGAGAAUGCCAUGAUCUUGAAAGACGGCAUUGAGAAGACAGGUCGCUUCAACAUCAUAUCCAAAGACAUCGGAGUUCCACUAGUUGCAUUCUCUUUGAAAGACAACAGUCUCCACAAUGAGUUUGAGAUUUCAGACAUGCUUCGUAGGUUUGGGUGGAUUGUACCAGCUUACACCAUGCCACCAGACGCGCAGCAUGUGACUGUGUUGCGUGUUGUAAUCAGAGAGGACUUCUCUCGUACACUUGCAGACCGUCUGGUUGCUGACCUUCAGAAAGUCCUCAACGAACUUGACGCCCUUCCUGCCCGUGUUAGUGCUAAGUUAAAUGUUGCAAACUCCGAGGAAGGUGGUGAUGAUCAAAUCUCUAGGAAGAAGAGUGCCCUGCAAAUGCAAAUGGAGGUUUGCAGUGUUUGGAAGAAGUUUGUUGAUGACAAGAAGCUCAAGACCAAUGGUGUUUGCUAGAUCAAACCACCAGCCGAUCCUGGUUAAUUUGUUUGCACCAAUUAUGGAGAAACUCAAUCAUGAUUUUGUCUAAGAAAAGGAUUAUCUUUUUAACUUUUUUCAUUUUUGGAGUGAGGUUUAGUUGAGUUCUUGAGUAAUUUAUUAUCAUGGAUUUCUCUUACCCCAGGGAAAUAAUUAAACAUGAUGUUAAGAUAGUUUUGUUUUCCCUUGCAUAUUACACAAUAUGAUUAUGAGGAAGAUGUCACUAAUGUAUGUAUUACGAUUAUUUAGCAUUAUAGUGCUCUGAUUGAAACAAUUUGCUACUGAGAUGAUUUAUUGGAAUUUUGUAUUAAUUGACUGUUA